AAAAUGGCUCAAGGCUCAAAGAAGUUUAAAGCUCAGCGGCCAGGAGCCUCCAAAAAACACCAACAAAACAAACAGAAAGGACCAAAGAAAGGAGGGAGGAUCAUUGCACCCAAGAAGACUCAAGUGGUUCAGCAGCAGAAGCUGAAGAAGGGUCUAGAGGUUGCCAUCAGGAACAAGAUCGAGCAUGAGGUGACCCAGAAGGCGAGCGCCUCCCUCCACAAGCCUCUGGCGGUGGUGAAAGGGGCUGAAGGUAAAGGCAACCCAGGAGCCGCCCGUCCAGGAACCAGCUCCAAAUAAGACGUGAUACGCAGACCUGAGGCUGAGCGUGCUCGACUUAAAGACUUAUGGGGUCAGUGAACUUCAUUGAUCCUAUGACUCAGAUCUAAGUUACACGCCAGCUGUCCUGUUGCUUUUGAUUCCUGAAUGUUGCAGCUGACGUCAGGCAUAAAAUAGUCAGAGUCGUUGUACAGAUGCCUAUUAUGAGUUUUUUUCUGUUUACAAAGAAGUGUGUGAAAUAAGAGAAGAGACAUUGUGGACAUGAUAUGCGUCUCUCACCGAGCUAUGGGAAACACUUAAACCUCCACUAGGGGGCACAAUAGGAUUUUAUUGAGCCUCGUGGAGUUUCUGACUGUUUGCUUGUUUUUUGCUGUAAAAGUCUCGAUCAGAGAGACCAGUGCCCCCACAGGCAGCCUCGCCGCUGACUGGAACUACAUUAACGACAGUGCAGUAGGGUGGCACCAGGUCCAUAUAAUUUCUGAAGUACACAUUUAUUAAUAAAAGGCUUUAAAAGUG